ACUUUCCAUCCAGGUUUCGGAGCAGCGCUGUGGCUUCAUCCCUACAUGUCGGUGCGGGCGUUUGGGGCCGGAUCUGCAGGACUCAGCCGCACCACUUGUUCUGGGGACAUCUAGUAUGAGAACUUCCAUUCCAACUCCUUUGAUUUCUUUCAUUCUCAUGUUUGACCAUUUUCUUCAUUUUGACCAUCCGACCUCGUUGUUUCGCCCUUCUCAUUUUUCCGCUGCUGCCACCCACAGUGUGUUGCUCACCACCACCACCAGCUGAAAGGGGGGAUAUCUUACCAUUCCACCACCAGCCAUCCCUGUCCGUUGCUCUGCUGCUGCUGCUGCUGCUCUGGAUUUUCGCGUGUGCUGCUGGACUAUAACGCACAGGGAUUUAUACUUGUAUUGAUUUCCACUUGCCGCCCGAUCCACAGCGGACCCCACCGCUUCUUCUUUCUGAGGAAUGUAUUACUGCGCUCCAAACAGGGGAGAAUUUUAACGCACAGUCUGCUGAAUGAACUGCUGCCGUGCGCCUUUGGUUUUUGGAGCAGGUCUCUCAUCUGGAGAUGCUCUGAUUGGGCUUUGUGGUCCGUGCGCAUCCCCACUGGAUCGGGAUAUAAGGUGAAGAAAUUGCCGCGGUCAGCCAUUUGUGGAGCGCUUAUCUGUUUGAUUUUUUGUGGACAUACACAUUGGGUUGUUUUGAGACGGAUUGUGCGCCCACCCAGAGACACGCAGGGUAACAAUGGGGGACUCGGUGCGGAGAUAUUAUUUUGGAGUUUUGCUUAUUGCCUUCAAAGUGGACGUGUGCCGGGCGCUCAUCCUGGAGUCCAUCUACUGGAACACAACAAAUACCAAAUUCGUGCCGGGCCAAGGCGUCAUAUUGUACCCCCAGAUCGGGGAUAAGUUGGACAUUGUGUGCCCCCGAGUGGACGGUGGGGUGGGUGAUGGCGUGGAAUUUUACAAGGUAUAUAUGGUGCCCAGGGAGCAGCUGGAGACCUGCACCAUCACCAAAACCGACACGCCGCUCCUCAACUGCGUCAAGCCUGACCAGGACGUCAAGUUCACUCUGAAGUUUCAGGAGUUCAGCCCCAACCUAUGGGGCCUAGAGUUCUUCAGGGGGAAGGACUACUACAUCAUCUCUACAUCUAAUGGCACCAUGGAGGGCAUUGACAACCAGGAGGGAGGGGUCUGCAAGACCAAGUCCAUGAAGAUAAUCAUGAAAGUGGGACAAAAUCCCUCUGACCCUAUUUCACCCAAAGACAACCCCACCAGAGUACCCUACUACCCCAAGCACUCAGAUGGGAAGGACAGCUACAAUCCUAAUGAUGUGCUGGAGAAGCCAGAUGUAGCGCCCAGAGAAAGCAACGACAACGAUGGCAGUGGAAAGUCCCCCAGCAUCAUCGGCUCUGAGGUGGCCAUCUUCGUUGGUAUUGCCUCUGGCAGCGUCAUUUUCAUCAUCAUCAUCAUCAUGUUGGUCCUGCUGCUGCUGAAGUACCGGCGGCGGCACCGCAAACACUCCCCACAGCAUGCAGCUACGCUGUCUCUAAGCACCCUGGCCACGCCCAAACGGAGCGGAGGCAGCGGGAACAAUAAUGGCUCAGAGCCCAGUGACAUCAUCAUCCCGCUCAGGACUGCUGACAGCGUCUUCUGCCCGCACUACGAGAAGGUCAGCGGCGAUUACGGCCACCCGGUCUACAUAGUUCAGGAGAUGCCGCCUCAGAGCCCGGCCAAUAUUUAUUACAAGGUCUGAGGUAGAACUUUGAAAAGUAAGAGACAAACUAGAACAGUCUCUGGGCAGAGCGGGUCUUUGGUUUUGGAUGGCACUGCCAUCAGACCCGCAAGCAGACACUGUCGCUCUUUCUCUCUCUGUUUCUCUCAUGCUGUUGACUCCUCCUCCUCUGAGCUGAUGUUUUGUCAAUAGUUUUUAUCUCUGAGUUUUGCUGAUACCUUGAUUCGGUCACAGUUGGUGCAGAUGUGAAGGGGGCAGGGCCGGAAAGAAGGCUGCUGCUGCCACUGCUGCUACUCUCUGGGGCUUUUGGGAACUGAAGAGGACAAUCUCUUCUUUCUCCAGUGUUGUUUCCUGUUUUAUUUUGUGCACUGCAGCCAGCAUUUCAGGAGAGCUGAUUGUUCUGGAAUCAAACCGCUGAACAGAUGCGCAGCGUGGUUUUUCUCUGGGACAAAUGGAUGUAUGGACUUGAAGGUUUCCUGGGGUGAGAUGAGGAAAAAGAGUUGUUGACCUUACUUUAAGAGCGACUACUGCUUGGAAAAAGAGAGGAGGAAAAUGAAUGAGGAGGAGAGGUAGAAGAGAAUAUGGGCUGACCAUGAACACACAAAAUGUCUGCCCCCCCUUGAUACUCGCUAGCCCGAGAGAAACUGUGUAUUUACCAGCCGGAAGAGGAACAAGGAGAGAGAUUCUCUUAUUGAUCCUCUCUGAGACUUUCCUGACUGACUCACUGAGAUCACCCAUUCACGCUGCCACCCACAUACUCACCAUCACAUACACACAUUCACCCUCAUGCACAGACACACUGUCUCACCAGUCAAUGUGAACUGUUUGGGUUUAAGUGUGGAUUGCACCGUUUCGCCUCAGUCCCAGACAUGUUUUUGGUAAAUCACUUCUCUCCCACCUCGCAGACAUGUUACUUGAACAUUUAAAGGAAAAGAAAUAGAUUAUUUUGUUUUUGGUCAUGCCUGGUUUUCAUAUACUGGUGUAGUUUGAGUGCAGACAGUCUUUCUUUUAUUUUAUUGAAACGUCAUAUGUGACGAUGAAACAUGUGACCCCACCGUGGCUAGGAGAGACUAAAGUGUGAAAAGAAGGCAUGAGGAGUUUUUCCAGUUUUGCACCCUACAAAAGUCAGGUCUGCCCAGGUGGCUCCU